AUGUCAACACCAGCAGAAAAUAAAUCUUAUUCUACUACUGCUACUUCAGCUUCGACUUCGACUGCGAAUUCGGGAAACACAGAUGCGUUUAGGGAGUUGGGGAUUGAGAGUACGAGGAUUAAUACGGUGGAGGGGGUUAAUUUGAGUGAGAAGCAGAAGGUCGUUGUGGGGAGUGUUUUGGAUCUCUUUGCCGGUCGUCCCUCCCUCCCCAAACUCUCCCUUUGGACCGAAACCGCCAUCUUCGAAGACCCCAUCACUAAAGCCGAAGGCCGCAAACAAUACGCCGCCCAAUGGUACGGUCUCCAAAGCGCCUUUAGCCGCAUUGAACAAAUCUCGCACUGCGUAACUAAGGCGGGUAAUCCUAUCGAAAUGGAUUUGCAUUCGAGGUAUGUGGUUAAGGGGGUGGGUUUUGAACAGGUUAUUAAGAGUAAGGUAAGUAUUUAUACGACUGGAGGGGAUGGGAAGGAACCGCUUGCGAAGGAGGAAAUGGGCAUUUUGAAGGUGGUGGAUGCUUGGAAUGGGGAGGCGCCGGGAGAGGGGGUGUUUGUUAAGAAAUCUUAA